GGAGGACCAGACCAGGACUAAGUCAGAACUAGAUCAGGACUAACCCGACGUCAAAACCAAACCAGAGACUCAAGCAGAGAUUUCAGUUGUCUUCAGAUUGGGCAGAGGCUGAGGAACACCAAAGGUCGACCCAGAAAAAUGGGCCAAAACGACCAGAGUGAAUUAACUGCAGACCCCGGCACUGAUGACAUGUCCCCAGCCUCAAAGCCUCAUAAAACAGACUGCAUCAAGGCAGAGCUGACAGAGAGCACCGCAGACGCUACUGAACAGAGAGGUCAAAGGGCAGAGAGCGGUGACUAUAGUGACGAGGAAGGGCAUCUGGCUUACCAAGAGGGACUGUUGCUCAAUGGGAGAUAUGAGGUUGUAUCCACUUUGGGAAAAGGAGCCUUCGGUAAAGUCGCCAAGUGCCUCGAUCGACACAAAAAUGAAUACGUGGCUGUGAAAAUCGUAAGGAACAUCGACUGUUUCAGUGAAGUGGCUCGGUCUGAAAUCGCAGUUCUGGAGGAGAUUAACUCUUUGGACGAUGACAACAUUUUUGCGUGUGUUCGGAUGCAGGACUGGUUCAAUCACGAGGGACACAUCUGCAUUGUGUUUGAGCUGUUGGGACUGAGCACCUGCGAGUUUCUGCAGCAGAACCACUACGCCCCCUUCAGCCUGGAGCAGAUCCGACACAUGGCCUUCCAGCUGUUCAGAGCCGUCUCCUUCCUUCACAGAAACAAACUGACGCACACAGACCUAAAGCCAGAGAACAUUCUGCUCGUCUCCUCUGACUUCAACCUGGAAUACAACGAAAACACACAGCGUGAUGAAAAGAAGUUGAAGAGCAUUGAUGUGAAAGUGGUGGAUUUUGGCACCGCAACAUUUGACCACGAAUAUCACGAGUCUCUGGUGUCCACCCGGCAUUACCGCGCUCCAGAAGUCAUUCUUGAUCUUGGGUGGAACCAGUCGUGUGAUGUCUGGAGUCUCGGUUGUGUUCUGAUGGAGUUCUAUGUUGGGCGGACACUUUUCCCGACUCAUGACAGUCAGGAGCAUCUGGCCAUGAUGGAGAGAGUCCUGGGUCCGAUCCCUGCUCACCUGCUUAAACAGACAAAAAAGCAGCACUAUGUCCACAAUGAGCGUCUGAAGUUGGAGGAGGACAUUUCCAGAGACACUUACAUCCACAAACACUGUAAACCACUGAAGGAGUACAUGCAGUGCAGCAGAGAUGAUGAGCGGCAGCUGUUUGACCUGCUCUCACUGAUGCUCCAGUACGAUGUAGUGCGUAGGAUUACCCUGGAGGAGGCGCUGUGGCACCCCUUCUUCAUCCCCAUCAGAGCCAAGAAGAAACAGUGCAUCUGAUGUCCAACACAACAACAGAGUUUGGCCUUUGAACUUCUGGAUUCAACAGAGCUAAACCCAAGCUAAACAUUAUCUA